AUGGAGAAGCUGGUGGUCGUGAGCAGAGGUGGUGGUCAUGGGGCUUGCGGCGAGGAGGCGACGGAGAAGCUGGUGGUCGGAGCAGAGUGUUGGUCAUGGGGCUUGCAGCGAGGAGGCGACGGAGAAGUUGGUGGCCGUGAGAAGAGGUUGUGGUCAUGGGGCUUGCGGCGAGGAACAGAGAACAAGGAUGCUGUAGUCAGCAAUGAGCAAAAAGCAAGUACUUUAUGGGGCCGCAUUGCCGCUUACUUUGCAGCUAGUCCGAAGGUGGCAGGAGGUGAUAUGCCAGAACCUCCUCAGUGUAAGCAAAGGUGGCAGAAGCUGAAUGAUCUUGUUUGCAAGUUCUGCGGAUCAUAUGCGGCAGCAACAAGACAGAAAACUAGUGGUCAGAGCGAGAGUGAUGUUGUGAAACUGGCACACGAAAUAUUUUUCAAUGAUCACAAGAUUAAAUUUAAUCUCCACCAUGCUUGGGAGGAUCUCCGCUAUGACCAGAAAUGGUCUGAGCAUGCUACUAGUAAGCUUGGUGGAAACGGUCAGAAGAGAAAGUGUGAGGAUGGAGCAGAAACAGCAAGCUCUCAAGCAACUAUCAAUCUAGACGAGCAACCUACCAAACGGCCAGCUGGUGUUAAGGCUUCAAAAUCAGCUUCUGCAAAGAAACCAAUCGUAGAUAAUGAGGCUUCAGUAAAGUUUGAGACCAUGUGCUCUAUUAAAGAGAAAGACUUGGCCCUGCAAGAGAGAGUUUCGAAAAUGGCUCUGCUUAACAGCCUCAUUUCAAAAACAGACCCACUUUCUGAAGUAGAACAAGCAGUAAAGACUAAGCUUCUUACAGAGAUGCUGGAUAACUAG